UUCAUGAGCCUUCAUCACAGUGUUGCUGGUAUUUGUCGUCGCUCAGGAUAGUUUGACGUUUGAGUUACAAUGGAAGGAAAAACACUGAUCCAAGAAGCGAUUAAAAUCCAAGGUGACGUUGUUCGAAAGAUGAAGGCUGAGAAGGCAACCAAAGAGCAGUAACAGGUUUUCUUACCACUUUUCUCCCGUUCUUCCUGCCUGACCAUUGGUAUCUUGUUGCCGACAUCACAUGACCAUCCACGGAAACUCCUGGCUCCUCGACGUCUCUUUGAAUGGCUUUUUGGGAUGGCGACCAUAAUACCACUGGGUGAUCCACUCCUAAUUUUUGGUUAUUUUUGAUCCGUUUUUUUGUCCUCUCUGCUACUGGAUGAACAAUGUUCGGCAUGUUUGUCUGGACUCGCUCUGCUAUGGUUGGCUUCCAACUUCCAAACUGUCUCCAAUCUCAAUGUUUUUUUAUGGGAAUCACUGUGGCACAGGUUGAUAAAGAAAUUUCCAAACUUCUGAAGCUGAAGGCACAGUUGGAAGAUGAUGGAAAACAUCAGUUUGUUCUCAAAACAGCUAAGGGAACGAGAGACUACAACCCAAAGCAGAUGGCAAUAAGAGAGAGAGUUUUUAACACCAUCAUCAGUUCCUUCAAACGACAUGGAGCGGAAACCAUCGACACACCAGUUUUUGAACUAAAAGAGACCCUAACGGGCAAGUAUGGAGAAGACUCCAAGCUCAUCUAUGACCUUAAAGACCAAGGAGGAGAGCUGCUUUCCCUCAGAUAUGACCUCACCGUACCAUUUGCUCGCUACCUGGCGAUGAACAAGAUCACUAACAUCAAGCGCUAUCACAUUGCUAAGGUCUAUCGCCGAGAUAAUCCUGCUAUGACCCGUGGACGCUAUCGAGAGUUUUACCAAUGUGAUUUUGACAUUGCCGGGCAGUAUGAUAGCAUGGUUCCAGAUGCAGAGUGCUUAAGGAUUGUCUAUGAAAUUCUAAGUGAGCUGGACCUUGGGGAGUUCCGCGUUAAGGUCAAUGACAGACGCAUCCUUGAUGGGAUGUUCGCUGUGUGUGGCGUUCCGGAUGACAUGUUCCGCACGAUCUGUUCAACAGUUGAUAAACUGGACAAGAUCCCAUGGGAGGAUGUAAAGCGAGAGAUGGUGAAUGACAAAGGCUUGUCUGAAGAGGCUGCUGAUCAGAUUGGGGAAUAUGUCAGUAUGCAGGGUGGGAUGGAUUUAGCAGAGCGCCUCCUUCAGGACCAGAAAAUGUCUCGUAGUAAGCAAGCUUGUGCUGGUCUGUCAGACAUAAAACUGCUCUUCAGCUACUUGCAACUUUUUCAGGUUACAGACAAGGUAGUGUUUGACCUCAGUCUUGCUCGGGGUCUGGACUAUUACACAGGAGUUAUAUAUGAAGCAGUGCUGUGUCAGGCUGGUGCAGCGUCCUCCCCCGCUGACGUUCAUAAUAGUACUUUUAGUGUUGAAUGUGUUAGUGUGGGGAGUGUUGCUGGAGGGGGUCGCUAUGAUGGAUUGGUUGGCAUGUUUGACCCCAAUGGUAAGAAAGUGCCAUGUGUGGGUGUCAGCAUUGGCAUUGAGAGAAUCUUCUCUUUCAUGGAGCAAAAAGCUGAGGAUUUAGCGUUGAAGAUACGCACAACCGAGGUGCAGGUGAUGGUGGCAUCUGCGCAGAAGAACCUGAUGGAAGAGAGGCUAAAACUUGUCACAGAACUUUGGAACGCUGGAAUCAAGAAGUGCUAUACAAGAAGAACCCCAAAUUACUCAGUCAGCUACAGCACUGUGAGGAAUCGGGGAUCCCCCUUGUGGCCAUACUUGGUGAACAGGAAUUGCAAGAUGGUGUUGUCAAGCUCCGUGUUGUGGCCACUAGAGAGGAGGUUGAUAUUUCAAGAUCUGAUCUUGUCGAAGAGAUCAGGAGGAGGACCUGAGGCCUAAUUCAGCCACGAAUGCAUCUUCUCGGUUCACCCAAACAUGGCACAGUUCUGUCCAGUCUUUAACAGUUAAACAUCUUGUCAACGCAUACUAAUAAAAAUUUGAGUGGGUACACAUGAACCUCACGUUCACCAAAUUAUUUUAGUAUCCAUUUCUCAGUUUUCCCGUAUUUAUAUAUAUAUAUAUAUA